CAUGCCAGCCGUACGAAGAAGGAUCCGAUGUUAGUUUCCAAUGUACAGACAGCAACCGCAGUAGAGACCUAUACUGGCAUCACAAUGAUGCACGGGUUGCUACAUGCCUUCACAAUUCAACCAAAUGCUCUUCAAACUACCACGUAGUUCGUGAAAACGGGACCAGUAUUAUAUCCCUAAUUGGCAUCAGCAGACGGGGUCCAUCGAAAGAGGGUCGUUGGCGCUGUGGAUACGAUUCCCCCGACGAGGAUCUCUACCAUUGUGACUUAAUUAUUUAUCAUGCUCCAGAAAACCUUGAUUGCAAGCCCCCAGUACUAACACAAGAAGAAAAACAGCACGUUGUAGUUGUGAACUGUUCAGCUUUCAACGUUUUCCCAACAGCCAAUUGCACUUUCUUUAGACGGAUUUCAUUGAACAAUGACGUAGAACUACAAACAUCUUCUUACCGACAAGAAAAUGCACAAGAUAACCCGAUAUAUUACAACUUAUUUUGCGGCUUAACAUAUCCAAUUAAGGAUGAUCUAGUUGGCAACUUGACCUUUUUUCUACAAAUGUCGAUGGACGUGAACAAAACAUAUGAUAGCAACCAAACCAGCAUCCAUAUAGACGCACCAAAAGCAACUUUGCUCGAUGGCUGUUUUUCUAAGAGAGAAGACAACGUUUUCUGGCCCACUGAUACAAUCCACUGUAAAUGUGAAAUGAGAGAUAUUGAUAAUGGUACAAUUAGUAUUGUCUGGAUUGAUGCCGAUCAGCGUAAAAUCAAUUACAAUCCAACAAUUGUCAUCCAUUACGAUGAUGAUAAGGAUACUACGUUUAUUUGUGAAGGGACCAGCCGUUCUGGAAAAGUAUACAAUAUUACAUACAUACCUAAUUUUGCAGAUGCCGCUAAAGUAACACUAUUCACCGCAAACGGAGAAAGAGACCUCAAUGUUGAGAACGCCACGGUUGUGGAGUUUAGCUGUGAGGUGGACAGCAAACCACGUGGUACAGUUUACAUCACUGACAGCUCAGGUCAACGACUGGACGGUACAUCGAAACUUUUGACCUGCGAUGACACGGGGACCUACACAUGUCAGGCGUUUAAUGAGAUUUUCCACAGGGACAUAUCAAGACAAUAUGUUCAUGUAACUGUUAAAUGCAAUCCCUGGCUAGAACUAAUCACCACCGGCUCUAAAAUUCAACGAGUCUACGCUAACACGGCUGAAAAUGUCAGCAUUGACUUUGAGCUGAGUAUGGGAAACACACAAAUAAUAAAGUAUGAAAUUUAUAAAGAUGGUAAAGAUACGCCCACUGUGAUGUAUGCAGACAAAGUUGAAAACGUUGAAUAUGGUCGAUAUUGCAUUCAAUUUCAGUCCCUGAGUGAAACACAUUACAAAAUUACAUUAAAUAUUUUUAAUAUUGAGAGUUUAGAUUUUGGUACCUAUACUCUCAAAAUUUAUGAUGACAACGGUGAUGUAGUGGAGGGUAGUAUGGAAAUUAAAGGAAAUAUAUCAGACGAAGAUCUUAAUUUGUCUCUAUUUGGUUCCACUGUUGGAUUGUCUAUUGCUCUUCUAUUUUGUUUUGGCAUAAUAUCUCUUAUAUGGCGAACUGGAUCUAGCAGCGCAGGUGUGAAAGCACAGAACAACAACACGACUAGCAACACGACUAACAACAGCACUGACAACAUGACUGACAACGUGACUGACAACGUGACUGAAAACACGAUUAACAACACGAUUGACAACACAACUCGCAACACGACUGAGAACACGAGUAACAACACGAUUCACACAGCAAGAACUAAUACUUCGAAGAGAGAGGACGCUCAUACAUCGGGAGACAGUUUCAACACGGCAAAUGAAAUAAUAGGUCUUCUGGCUAAUAGCUUAGAGCCAUACAGUGUCAAUCAGGAAAGGAAGCCUACAGAAGAAACUCAUUUAAAAUCACCUUCUUCAGGUGUCAGAGUACCCCCUGUUGGAGAUGACUCAAGUACUUCACAGUCGAAUAAUUUCGCUUUUCAAAGUAUUCAAGAUAAUGAACGUUCAAACACAUGUCAGGAAGUUCAAGGCUAUGCAUCCCUUAACCCUGGCUCAAACGUGUAGACUCCUGAUGGUUCUUCUAAGUAUGGUUCAAGAUAUAGAAUUCUGUGCACUACAUCGACUUGAGCCUGCCAUUGUAUGUUAUGCAAAACGCGAAAAAUUGGACUUUCCAGUCGUUGACGAGUUUCUGAUUUCUCUACAGGCCGCAUGUUGAAAUGUCUUCAAUUUAGUUGUUUAAAUAGAUUGUUAUUUUUAUACAAACAUGUUUAUGUUUUCCCAUUGCCUAACAAAUGCACGUUUUUAAACAUAAACAUCGUACUUUCAUUGUUUAAAAACGCAAACAC